AUCUCAUCGUCUCUCUCAUCCUUCUCCCCCAAAUUCUCUCUCCUCUCUCUCUCUCUCUCUCUCUCUCUCUCUCUCUCCACCGUCUUCCUCGCCAUGGAAGACCACAAGGUCACAGAUCUAGUCAAAGAGCUCGUCCAGCGCCUAGUUGCACAGGGCGCCUCAAACCCUACUUCUUCACUCGACUUCGAUCGCUCUCUUCGCUACGCCGUUCGGAUGCUCUCGAGCUGUAUGACGCCGACGAUCGCCGCCGACUCCGCCGCCAUGGCCGAGUCCAUCAAGCGCCGACUUGCCACCCAAGGUAAGUCAUCCGAAGCCUUAACUUUCGCCGAUCUCUACACCAAAUUCGACGCGAAAUCUGGCCCCGGAAGCGUUAAAAAUAAGUGGGCUGUGCUUUAUUUGCUUAAAGUUAUCUCCGAAGAUCGGAGAAAUUCCAAGAAUCGGUUGUCUGAUUCUAGGAUUUCUUCAGGUCUCUUUGCCUCUUCAGCAUUGUCCGGUGGUCUACCCGCAUUGUUUGAUGCCGAAUCCAAUGGUAGUUCUAGGGCUAUGAAUGAUAAUUCGAGGGUUUUGAAUGAUAAUUCUAGGGUUUUACGCAGUCGGGAAGCUGUGGAAAAGGGGUGGAGUGGUGGGGUUUUGUUGGUUUCGAAGGACCCGGAAAAUCUUCGGGAUAUAGCAUUUCGAGAGUUUGCGAGCUUGUUGAAAGAAGAAAAUGAGGUCUCUGAAGAGGUUUUGGUGAGAGAUGUGUUGUAUGCUUGUCAAGGAAUUGAUGGGAAGUAUGUGAAAUUUGAGAAGAAUGCUGAUGGGUAUGUAUUUUCAGAUUUGAUUAAAGUUCCUAGAGCAACAAGGACUAUGGUUCGGAAGCUUUGUGAGCUGGGCUGGUUGUUUCGGAAGGUUAAGGGCUAUAUUUCUGAGAGCAUGGAUCGGUUUCCUGCUGAAGAUGUGGGGACUGUAGGGCAGGCAUUUUGUGCUGCAUUACAAGACGAGCUUUCAGAUUAUUAUAAAUUGUUGGCCGUGCUAGAAGCGCAAGCGAUGAAUCCGAUUCCGCUGGUUUCUGAAACUGCGAGUUCAAGGGAUUAUCUUUCUUUGAGGAGACUCUCAGUUUGGCUUGCAGAGCCAAUGGUGAAGAUGAGGUUAAUGGCUGUUUUAGUUGAUAAGUGUAGGGUUUUGAGGGGUGGAGCAAUGGCGGGGGCUAUUCACAUGCAUGCCCAACAUGGUGACCCUCUUGUGCAUGAGUUUAUGAGGCGUCUACUUCGUCGAGUGUGUUCUCCCCUGUUUGAAAUGGUCAGGAGUUGGGUUUUGGAAGGGGAAUUGGAGGAUCUUUUUGCAGAAUUUUUUGUUCUGGGCCAGCCUGUGAAAGCGGAGUCUCUCUGGAGGGAAGGUUACCGGCUCCAUGCUGCCAUGCUUCCUUCUUUUAUCUCUCAAUCUCUGGCUCAGCGCAUAUUAAGGACUGGGAAGUCAAUAAAUUUUCUUCGCGUUUGCUGUGAGGAUCGUGGUUGGGCUGAUGCUGCAACAGAAGCUGCGGCUGCAGCGGGGACUACAACUAGGAGAGGAGGUCUCGGAUAUGGGGAAACUGAUGCACUUGAGUCUCUAGUUAUUGAAGCAGCAAAGAUAAUUGAUAAGCAUUUGAUGGAUGUUAUGCAUAAGCAGUACAAAUUCAAAGAGCAUUGUCUUGCAAUUAAGCGUUACUUACUUCUUGGGCAAGGUGAUUUUGUUCAGUAUUUGAUGGAUAUUGUUGGGCCUGAGCUGUCCGAGCCUGCUAACACCAUUAGCUCAUUUAAGUUAGCUGGUCUGCUGGAAAGUGCAAUCCGAUCAUCUAAUGCACAAUAUGAUGAUCCUGACAUAUUGGAUAGAUUGAGAGUCAAAAUGAUGCCGCAUGGCACUGGUGACAGGGGUUGGGAUAUAUUUUCUUUAGAAUAUGAUGCAAGAGUCCCACUAAAUACAGUCUUCACAGAGACUGUAAUGGCAAGGUAUUUAAAAAUCUUCAAUUUCUUGUGGAAACUUAGACGGGUAGAGCAUGCACUUAUUGGUGCUUGGAAGACCAUGAAGCCAAAUUGUAUAGCUUCACACUCCUACACUAAGCUGCAACAUGUAGUUAAAAUGCAGUUGCUUUUAACACUGAGGCGAUGCCAAGUCCUUUGGGACGAGAUGAAUCAUUUUGUUACAAACUUGCAAUAUUACAUCAUGUUUGAAGUCUUGGAGGUGUCAUGGUCUAACUUCUCAAAUGAAAUGGAAUUAGCUAAGGAUCUUGAUGAUUUACUUGCAGCACAUGAUAAGUACCUGAGUUCAAUUGUGGAGAAGUCUCUCCUUGGUGAACGAUCACAAACCCUUUAUAAGGCACUCUUUGCAUUGUUUGACCUUAUAUUGCGUUUCCGAAGUCAUGUGGAUCGGUUGUAUGAAGGUAUCAGUGAAUUGCAGGCAAGAACUGUGGAAUCUUCCUUGACAUCUCAAGAUAAAACCAAAUCACGGAGGCAUCAAGUUGGUAAAUUUUCGGAGUCUGGAUCAUGGGUUAGUGAGGGUCGGAAGGCCCUAACACAACGUGCCAGUGAAUUUCUUAGAAAUAUGGGACAAGAGCUGGAUGCAGUUGCAAAAGAGUAUUCAUCACUGCUUGAGGGAUUCAUUUCUCAAUUACCUGUGCAACAGCACAUUGAUUUGAAGUUCCUCCUGUUUAGGCUUGAUUUCACUGAGUUUUAUAGCCACUCACAUUCUAAUAAAUGAGGAAGGAUACCAGUAAAGCAUUAAAUUUUAAGGGAAUGAGGAAGGGUACCAGUAAAGCAUUUAAUUUUAAGGAAAUGCUCCCGCAGCACAUAAGGGAUGAACAAGUUGUGAUUUGCCAUUUGCUAAUUGCUGCCCAGAAUACUACAACAAUCAAGCAGUGGCUACCUGACCUCAGGACCAACCAGUUCAUACUUCAUUGCUUGUUUUCAGGCAAUGGUACUGGUAACUUUGUAGCUUGGUUUUUUCUUCUCAUGAUUUUAUUUCAAUUUUUUCUAACACCCAUUAUCUUUUCUACUCUGCAGAUGACAUUUUUUCCCUCUGGAUGCCUAGUGUCGAAGAUUUUAAGUUUCAGUUGAGGUGCAUUAUAUCAGUAUAUUAGGUUGUCAAAUAUGGUAGUGUAUGCAUUUUGUAUUUGAUGGCCCUGUGCUGGGUGUUGGUAUUCUUUGUGGCUCUGGCAAGCUGCCCAUUCCAAGUUUGUAUAUUUGUAUCAUAGUUUUGUAAUUCUCAUUGUGCAUUUUCUGUGGUCCUAUUAGCUGUGUGCGCUAAUUGCUCUGAUUUGUCUACUUUUUCUCUCUCAAUUUCUUGUGUUUAAUCAAGUUUUGUUCUUGUACCUUGAUGAUUUGGUGCUGAGGGGAAUAAAUCUGCAAUUUUUUUUUUUUUCAA